AUGCGGGAAGUGUUUUUGUCAAAUUGUGAAAAAACUUUUAUACAAAGAAUUAUAUCGGAGGGGCACCGCUUAGAUGGCAGAAUUUAUAAUGAAAGCCGUAAACUUGAGAUUACAUUCGGAUCUGAAUAUGGAAGUUGCAUAGUUACUUUGGGAGAAACUAAAAUAUUAUCGCAAGUAUCAUGUGAAGUCGUACAGCCUAAACAGAUAAGACCUAAUGAAGGUAUUUUAUAUAUAAAUGUAGAAAUCACUCCAAUGGCAGCCCCACAAUUUGAGGCAAACCGUCAAACAGAUCUCACUGUGUAUCUUAACAGGCUACUAGAAAAAUGCUAUAAAGAUUCAAAAUGUAUCGAUCUUGAGUCAUUAUGUAUUGUUGUUGAAGAAAAGGUUUGGUCAUUGAGAGUUGAUGUAAAAGUUUUAAAUCAUGAUGGAAAUCUAAUAGAAUGUGCUAGUAUUGCAACAUUGGCUUCUUUAGCUCAUUUCAAACGUCCAGAUGUCACUCGGAGCGGAGAAAAUAUUACUAUACAUACAUUAGCUGAAAAAGAUCCCAUACCAACUGUCCUAUAUCAUUAUCCAGUGUGUUUAACAUUUGCCAUAUAUAGUAAUAACAUUCUUAUAUCAGAUCCUAAUUUCAUUGAAGAGUCUGUGUGUAUGAGUAAUAGUGAUGAGGGAAAUACUAGUGGAGGUUUACUUGUUAUUGGCAUGAAUCAGUACAAAGAACUUUGCUUACUAAAUCUAAGUGGAGCAGCAAUAUAUAACCCAAAUAUUGUACAUAAAGCAAUAUUGAAUGCAGCUGAGAGAUGUGCUCAUAUUGUUGAUUUGGUAAAGAAGAAAAUAAUUGGUGAUGAUACAUUAAGACAAAAGAGAGCUAAAAUUAAUUUCGCUGACAUUAUAACAAGUGAUCACGUGCAGUCGCUUAGUAAAAAGGACCUCAGUAUUUGCCUUAAGAAUUACAAUGUCAAUGACACAUCGCAAGAGGAUAGCGAUAUGAAGGAUGAAAGCGACGACGAGCCAGAGCUCAGCAAAUAUGAUGGUAAG